AUGUCAUUGUUAGACAUAGCUCAACAAAUUACGAUUUAUGGUGGUUUCUUUCUUCUUAUUACUGGUGUAAUUGGAAAUGGAAUAAAUGUUUUGGUAUUUGCAAGUGUUCGUUCAUAUCGCACAACACCUUGUACAUUUUAUUAUCUUAUUGGCUCAUUUGACAAUAUUUUUUAUUUAAUAAUUAAUUGUAUUCCUCGUAUUAUCAUUGAAGGUUAUGGAAUUGAUUUAACCAAUACAUCAAUAAGUUGGUGUAAAAUACGACAAUUUUGUCUUGCAACUUUCGCUGUAAUAGCAUCAAGUUGUUCAUGUUUAGCUACAAUUGAUCAAUUUUUUGUCACGUCACGGAAUGCUAAUCUUCGCCGUUUGAGCAAUAUAAAAUGGGCACAUCGAAUUACGUUGAUUAUGAUUAUUGCCUGGUGUCUUCAUUCAAUUACUGUUUUUAUAUUCUUCAAUAUUUCAUCUAUCACCAACACCUGUGUGAUCACUAACGCUGGCUUUUAUAUCUACGCUCCGAUAUAUCUUCUUGUUAUUAACUGUGCAAUUCCAGUCAUAAUAAUGGUGAUAUUUGGAUAUCUAGCUUAUCGUAAUAUUCAUUCGACAAGAGCUCUUGCUGAACAACAAGCUGAUCGUCAAUUGACACAAAUGAUUUUGUAUCAAGUAAUACUUGUUGUUAUAUCUAUUGUACCCUAUGGCAUUGCUUUUGCUUACAAUGUAAUCACGUCCAGAAUUAGUAAAGAUGCAAAUCGAUUAAUCAUUGAAGAUUUUGUCCUAGCAUUUAGUAUUUUGCUAUGGUAUCUUCACUAUAGCGGAAAUUUCUACAUGUUUUGGAUUUCAUCAAGUCGUUUUCGUCGAGUAACAAAAGAUCGAAUAUUAUUUUGGCGAAGACACGAUCAGAUUAAUCCAACUUAA